GGGCGGAGCCUGUGCACGGGGCGCACAAAGCCGCUCGCCAGCCUGGCCUGCUCCGCUUUCCCACACUGCUGUAGCCAGGUAAGGCUGGGCUCGGGUGCUGGGGAGCCGCAGGGCCAGCAGGCCCCAGAGAUGCCCCUGCGACAGGGGAUGGAGCAUCCUCCUGCGGUCCCCAGGUGCAUGGGGCUGGACGCUGGGAUGGGUGGAUGCACGCAUGCAGCGAGGCUGCCUCCUGCCUCUGCUCCCAGCUCCUUUGUCUCUGCAUCCAGGGGGGAGGAGGAGGGGGAGGAGGGCCACUUCUCCAGCAGCUGCAGACACAGGGGCUGGGGAAGAAAGGCAAGGCUGAGGGAUGGAGAAAAGAUGUCCCCCAGCCCUUGGCUCCGGCUGCCCCUGCAGGCCGCUACGCCGUGCCCCCGGCGCCUGCACCGUGCCCUCCUAACACACCCAGCCCCCCAAGACCCUGUGCACCCUGGCCCCUCUCCUUAGCGAUGCUGCAGCAGGCCCAGCUCCUGCUCCAGCCCCAGCCCCAGCCCGGGGUGCUCUGCAGAUGGGCUGCGGGUCCGGGGAGAGCAGGCUUCAAGCAAGGUGCAGGGGUCUGGAGCUGGGUGGAGAGCCCAUCACGGCUGCAGAGUGCAUCUGUGCAUUGGGCUCAGGUCGUGCUGGCACCCAGCGUCCACCACCCUGGGGUCCAUCGGGUUGCAAAGGGUGCAAGAAGGCAGGAUGGAGGGUCCUUGGGGCGGACGGGGUGCUUGGGAGUGUGGCCCCUCCGGCCCUCCAGAGCCAGCACGGAGAGGGGAUGCACGGAGGCAGGGAGGGGCCGCGUGGCAGGCCGUCAGCCCCCGGGGACAUCUCCGGAUCCUUUGUCUCCUGCCAGAAAGCAGCAGCUGGGCGGCGUCCCCCAUUUUGUAGCCCGUACAUCCGCCUUGCAGCCAGCACAGCUGCACCGCCAUCGGCCAGGCGUGCCGCUGCCCCACCCCGCUCUCCCUCCCUCGCACAUGCAUGCACACAUGCGUGUAUGCACGCGAGGGCGCGCAUCCAAAACAUCGACUUCCUUGGCCAGCCUCACGCUGCUCAUGAGAAAUGCCUGUGCACGUGCUCUCUGUGCCCCUACAAGACAGCCCAGGGCUGGGCUAAGCGGGGUUUGACGGUGUUUGGCCGGGCAAGGCUCAGGACACGGGCAGGGUGCCGCGUGGGGAGGCUCUGGCAGGGGCUGGGCGCUGGCACACCGUCCGGUGCCGGAGGAAGGAGUGGUGUGCUGUUCUCUCUUGCUGUGUUGGUUGCUUUCUUUUGCAGCUGCUAAUGACUGACCUGAGGUCUGUUCACACGCAGUCCCCGUGCGGAGCAGGGCAGGAUGGGGGUCACCGGUGCUCGUGGGCCCAGGGCUGCCGUCGGCGUGGGGGAGCCCCGGUGCUGAGCCAGGACACACCGAGCGGAGGCAGCGCCGCGGGAGCAGAGGAAAGCCAGCGCCGGCCUCUGCUCUCCACCCCGACCCCGGAGCCGGGCAGCUGGCAGAGAGGAGCCCACCCAGGAAGGCACGCGGCUCCUGGAUGCCCUGGCACAUCCGUGCUGGAGCCGGGGGCCGCCCCAAGUGCACGGCCAGGGACUCCCGUACUAGGGCCGUGGCGGUGAGCGGAGGGAGGAUGCCGGUGCCCUCCCUUUGCAUGGAGCUGGGAUUGUGUGGGGUCAGUGAACUGGGGAAACCGUGGGGUGCCACAGCUGCUGCUGCCUGCCUGGUGCCGCUACCCGAUCCCCCUCCAUGCUGCAGCCGUUGCGGGUGGGUGCAAUGCUGGGCUGCACAAGAGGGGACCUGUCACCCAUGCGCUAGCCCCUCCUGGCUCCCCCACGGCGGGCCAGCGUGCCGGGGACAGGGCUGCAGGGAGCUGUGGGUAGGUGCAUUGAUGGAGGCUCCUCCAAGAAGCACCAAGCCACCGAGCUGGGCAGCAGGCAGCUGCCAACCACCCCAAGGAGCCGUGCUCUGAUGUCCGGUGCCUGGGGCAAGGUGCGGGGAUGCUCCCCCACCUCAGUGCCAGGGUGCAGACAGCCCCAGCCUGCUGCGGUCUACGCCACGUCCUGGCUCAGGCGUGGUGCUGCGACCCACGGCCACAUCCCGGGUGCAGAGGCUGCGUUGCAGGGGGCAGCUCCAUGUUCACGGCUAGGAGAGCCCCGCUGGCAUCGGACACGGUAGCACCUGCAGCAAAUGCAGUCAAACCCCACAGCGUGGCACUGAGCAGAGGUUUCCCCCGGACCCACGACGGGACAGCCCGAUUGCCCCCAGUCCCUUUGGAGGAGGUGCAUGCCGUGUGCCUGCUCCUCACCUACCCCGGGGUAAGGGGCACGCGGUGCCUCCCCCUGCCCAGCUGCACAGCCCCGAUGUGCCCUGCUCCUCCCUGCCCGGGCCUCGGGCUCUGCAAGGCGGGGGAGCUGGGUGGGAUCCAGGAGCCCGUCCAGGCCUGGGCAGUGCGGGGGCUUGGCGUGCUGCAUACGGCUUCCCCAGCCUGGACCGGCAUCUUCUCCAGCAGCAGGAGAGCACCGGGGCCUGCGGUGCAUGCGUGUCCCAUUAUUAACCCACUAACCCGGCAUCUCCCCCACCGAGAUGCUGCCCCUGCCGCUGGGAUCCAGGCGCUCGCGGGCGAACUAACCGACUAACCGGCUCUAACGCAUGCCCUACUAACCCGUCACGCUUCCCCUCCUACUAACCGGGGACCGCGCACGUGGCCUUUAAAGGGGAACAGAAAAGCUUGGGUAAGUACACUGGCCAGGGAGCCCCGGAGCUGCCCCGUCGCCCACAGAAUCGCCGUGCGGGGCACCAGGCCCUGCCGCGGGAAGAGCCAAGGUCUGGGCGAGCUGCAGCCUGGGGGUGUCCCGGGCAAGCGGGCACCCGUGGGCGAUUCUGUGGCCGAGCGCGGCGUCGGAGGCGCAGAAGCUUUUCAGUUCCUUUUUAAGCCCCUGGCCCUCUCUGCUGCUACUAACACGCCUCUCCCUGGAGCUCAGCGGACUAACCUGUGCCGCUUUUCUCUCCGUUUCUCUUCCAGCGCGCGCUCGCUGUGCCCUGCUUCUCUCUACUAACCGCCUGCGCUAACCUCUCCGGCCGUGCUCCUUUUGCUACUAACCAACCGCUCUUCUUUGCACCUCGACUUCCCGACGCCACUCCCCGUGACCGGUGAACCGUCCCAAACAGCCUGCCCGGCUUGGUUCUCAGUGCCCUGGAGAAGCUCAGGGUUUUUAAGCGUGAGGCCGUCGGGCUCGUGCUUUUAAAUCAAGUUAAUAAGGGAAGGACAAGAAAGGAUUCACCUGUCAUUGGGAGCGGGUCCCCUUCCCGAGGGCACGCCGCGCUGCUGGUCUCUCCGCAGCUGGUCCCUGUGGCCGCGAUGCAUGUGGAAGGACUGCACGUGCCAGCAGGAGAGGACUAACCCUUUGUGGGGGGCUUGCGGUGCUGGGGGACGUAGCGGUUGUUUAAUGCCGUCGUGAUGCUACUAACAUCGGGCCUCGCUGAGGUCCUGCGAUGGGGGUCACUAGGUUGCAGCCAAGACGCAGGGCUGAGCCCGGGUGCAUCCGUGCACCCACAACAGCAGCAGGCACGGGGGGAGCGUGGAGCUGGGGUUGGGGCAGGAGGCACAAAGCGGGUAGCCUGGCCUCCCUCUCGCCCUCCGCGGGACCCGACUAACUGUUUCCCAUUCCUUGCAGCCGGCCGCAGCGCGGGAUGGAGCCUCGCCCGGCACUAACCUGCCUUGCCUUCCCUUUGCAGCUCGGGGCCAGGCCCGCGUGGCACCAAUGGCCGGCGCUUGGCCCCUGCUCCUGCCAGUGGCUGGGGAUGGGCACUGGUGUUUCAUGGGCGUCUCUGCUGACCGGGCUGCAGUAGCUGGGGAAAGGCCCCGGGGAGCUGAGUGGGGCUUGGCAGGGAUGGAGACUCCCAGGGUCCCUUGGUAAGGGGAGACCAGGCCCCCGAGCUCCCACCUGCCUUGCCCCUUCAGGUGCCGUGGGCAGGCCGUCCUGGGGCUAGGGCACACAUGCGUGCACACGUGUGUUCUCCACUGGGGCGAUGUCAUGGCAAGCCCAGCUCGGUCUGCAGCAGGAUCAGGGCCGGGGAGCGUGGGCGGCGCUUUGCACUUGCAUUCGGGCACGGGGCCAGAAAGGUCCCCCGGAUACUCGUAGGCUCAGGAGAGAAGGGCCCUGGCGGUGCUCCCUCACCCUCCGUGUCCCACGGGGAGUCGGUGUCCUGAGCUCGAGGCCCCCGGGACAGCACAGGGCUGGUUGCGCCCACGUGCAAGGCCUGCAGGUGUGUGUGUGCAUGAUGGUCUGUGUGCACAUGGGAUGUCUCUGGGCAUGUGUGUGCGUGAUGGCUGUGGGCAUGUGUGCGCUCAGUGGCUGCGUGUGCACAUGUGCGUGUGCCUACACGAUGGCUCUGGGCAUGCCUUUGUGUGAUGGCUUGUGUAACAUGGCGUGGCAUGCAUGAGUGACAGCUCUGUUCGUGUGUGCACGUGUGUGUUGGCUCUGUGUGCACGCAUACACAUGACUGUGGAUGCGCCUGCGUGUGGUGGUUCUGUGUCUGCCUGCGUACAUGUGUGUGAUGGUGCCCUCUAUGUGCACAUCGGCUCUGUGCAUGUGUGCGCAUGUGAUGGCAUCCUGUGUGCACGCAGGUGUGUGACGGUUCUCUGUGUGCGUGUGCAGUGGUGUCAUGUAUGCUUGCACAGGGGUGGCAGUCCUGUGUGAGCCGGCACACAUGUGUGUACAUGAGAAACACCCCCAUGCGCUUGUGCCUGCGUGAGUGUGUGCAUUGAUUUCAUGUGCACAUGUAUGCAUCUGUGGGCUCCACGUGGAUAUGCCCGUGCAUGUGUGUGAUGGCUCUGUGCGUGCAUGUGUGUCAGCUCUGCACACUCGUGGCAGCCGUAGCUCUCCUGGUCCAUGCUGCAGAGCUGGGCCCUGGUGCUGGAGCCUUGGCCCCUCUGUGGGCGCAGCCCCCCCACCCUCCACGCAGGAGCCCAGCUGGGGUGGGAGGCCAGGGAGGGAGGGGUGGUGCUGGGGUGUCCAACGGGGCAGGGCUGGCGUGCUCCCAGCAUCAGGCCCCCGGCGUGGUGGCAGCCGGCCGGGCAGGAGCGCGCCGGUCUGCCCACGUCGGCGCUGCGAACACGAUCGCGCUGUACGGUCCGCUCUCAACAUGCCAGUCUGCCAAUGCC